CAGUAUGCAGGACGCGCUUCGCCGUUGAUUUGGCGCUCAACACACUAGGUAGGCUACUGCCGCUUGUAUAGCUUCCCCUAUUCCUGAAUCCGGAUCCGGAUCAUGAGUACAACACUCCGGGGUUUUGUGUUCUCUUCCUUUAAAGCCCUCACGCUCUCCUCUGGAGCAAUGAAAAACUAGAACCGGGGAGGCCACGGAGGCAACCCAAGAUCAUUCGGGCAGCGCGGAUCCUUAUAUGCAGGCAGGCUGCGCCACGCUUCGGGAGAACGGACGGAGUAAGAUCUCAGCAACGAAAAGGAUGGUGGGUCUGAAGGAGACACGGGGAACUUUGGAUUGAGGAGAGGAGGGGACGAGGGACGGAAGACCGCCCGAUGAACGACAGUUUUUUCCUUGGAUAUUUUUUGUGUGCUUUUUCUAGGGGGGAUUUUGGAUAAUUUUUGCGGUUGAUCAAAAUGCCAUUUGCCAAAAGGAUUGUUGAACCCCAGUUACUGUGCAGGUUACCUAUUCCAAAUGACGAAUGCUCGCUCAACAUUGAGGAUCUGUGCUCCAUCAAUAAUGUGGUGCUCUCGCGGACCUUGCGGCAGCUCUCCGACCUGGCCAAACACGCCUGCUCCCUAUUUCAGGAGCUGGAGAACGAGAUCAUGUCCACCAACCAGAGGGUCUGGGUUCUGCAGAAUAAAAUAGGGAAGAUCCAACAGAACGUCAGCGGUCUAGAUCCCAAAAAGGAGGCAGUGCCUGUCUCUAACCUGGAUGUGGAGAGUAAGCUAACAGUGCACUACCAGGCCCCAUGGCACCAGCACCACAACGUGUUUCACCCCUGCAGCCGGCCACCAUGCGUAGAGGAGCUCCACAGAUGUGCCAAGCAGAGCCUGCGAGCCCUGCACAGAGACCAACAGCAACGGCAACGGUCGAACAGCCGCGAGCGCAGAGUGACCAUCUCUGGGGCUCCUCCAAUGCCCACCCUCCCUUCCCCACGCACCCUCAGACGGCACGAGCAGAGGGGCAGGCACAGCCGCGCGCAGGCGAGACCAGAGAGAGAGAUAGAAUAUCAACUGCGGAAGGAGAGACACGUGAAAGAGACAGACAUCCAGACAAUACAAAGAAAGGAGAGACCUGGAAGGGAAGUUCACUGUCACACUAUACAGAGAAAGGCUGCCACUACCACUGACCCUGAUGCUGAGCCUGCAGUGGGCCACAGGUCUACUGGUGCUAUCCCCAACCCCCCCUCCACACUGGACAAGCAGACCAACUGGUCCAAGGCCCUGCCUCUGCCCACCCCCCAGGAGAGGAUGAAGAGUGACCCAGCAGUCGUGUCCUCGUGCAUCAUCCCCAUCAACGUCACUGGGGUGGGGUUCGACAGGGAGGCUAGUGUGCGCUGCUCCCUGGUACACUCCCAGUCUGUGCUGCAGAGGAGGAGGAAGCUGAGGAGGAGGAAGACCAUCACUGGUAUCCCCAGACGAGUUCAGCAGGACAUGGACUCUGAUGAGUCUCCAGUGGCGAGGGAAAGGACCGUGAUGGUCCACACCAACCCUCACCUGUCCCUCUGUCAGGAGGAGCUGUCCCUCCGAGGGGGACACACCAAGGACUCCGGCUGCCAGACGGACGACUGCCUGAUCGGUGGCGGUGGUGCCCCGUCCAGGAGACGUAUACGUGCCCAGCGCGGCGGCCAGGGGGGCAUCCCCGCCUCCCUCUCCCACUCCACCGGGAACAUCUCCUCGCUCCCCGACCACCCUGACACCGCCAUGUACACCGCCUCCGGCUCCCGCCUCCGCUCCCGCAGCCUCCCCCGCGAGGGCGGCCGCAUACGCGACGAGGACCAGGACGAUAGUGAUGAAGAUGAGGAUGAUGAUGACGACGAUGAUGAUGAAGAUGAGGAGCUCUCUCCGUACGAGACGGAGGACUUCCUCCCGGGAACGGGGCCAAGGAUGUUAAAGGACGAGGAGGAGAGUACGGAUGACCAGGCCAUGCCAGAGCUGCAGCUGGGGAGUCUGAAGAGGAUACAGCAAGGAGACGGGGGGAGUCCAGAACACAUGUGGAUGGAGAGGGGUCGCUCCCGCCUCCCCCGUCAGGUCGACAUGGGGAGCUGUGAGAUCUCCUCCAGCUCAGACACCUUCAGCAGCCCCAUCCACUCUGUCUCUACUACGGGGGUGCUGAGAGGACAGAUAGACCACAAGGAGGAUCACCAGUCGUCCAGUGGUAACUGGAGUGGCAGCAGUUCCACAUGCCCCUCCCAGACCUCCGAGACACUCCCCCCUGCCGCCUCACCCCCUCUGACCGGCUCCUCCCACUGUGACUCGGAGCUGUCGCUCAACGCCGCGCCACACGCCAUCGAUGACCUCACCGGCUUUAUCAUCGACCCAUACCAUUCGGAUCAGCCGCAGGGCCAGGGUCAUAGGUCCAGCUCCUUCACCUCCUCAGCCACUGACCAGCUGGAUGAUGCAGGGGUCAGCACUGCCAGCGAGGGAGAGUGGACCUACCCUCAAGACCAGGCUGAUCAGGACCAGCUGUGUUGUCAGGACUUCAGCCCCAGGCGUUCCUCCAGGGGGGACCAGACCAGGAUAGACUUCACCAGCAUCAGCACCUACGACGGCUUCUCAGAGCGAGCUCCCCCUACUGCUGCAGCAGACUCCCAGGGCUUCUACUCAUCCUCCAUGCACUUUGACCCCAUGCAGGGCCAGAGUUACAGGAGCUACAUGUACAACUAUGCAGCAGUGGGCUCUGGCACUGACUGUGGCCAGGGUAAUACUGUGGGCGCUACGCCUGGUGAGGGAGAGGGCAUGGCUGGGUAUCCUCCUCAGUCCUCUGACUACAGGGGAGCCACCCUGACGCUAGGGAGGCCGUGUCGUCCGCUGAAGAAACCAAAGGUCAAGCCACCCCCACCAAAACGGAGCUCAUCGCUGAAGGAGAAGUGUAGCGCUGGUGCUCCAGAGAACGUCCCCCCUGAGCAGGGCGAUGAGCAGGGCGACCAGGACCAACCAAAGAUUCCUAGUAGUGGGCAGACCCAGACAUUGAACCUGCCCAUGUCUUCCAGGGACAGAGAGAUGAGGCUGCAGCUGGACAUGGCCAGCCCAGGGGAGGUGGAGAAUCCUGGGUUGGAGGCUGAGGCGGUGGGUGGUGGUGGUGGAGGUGCCUGGGGGAUGGGGAGCCCCAGGAGCCCCAGGACUGUGGAGAUGACGGAGCCCACCUCGUUCGGGUCCACGGACACUCACUCCUUCAAGGACGAGGGCGCCGUUCAGUCUGACUAUGCAGACCUCUGGUUCCUCAACGACUUGAAAUCCAAAAAUAACCUGGACCCCAACGGCUCCUUGUCCACCUCCAGCACUGCUACGGGUACUACUGUUAUCGAAUGCAUGAAGUCGCCGCUGGACAGCUCCUCCUCUCCCGGGGGAGAGACCCAGGUGUUGAUGCAUUCCUCUGGCUCUGGUUCCAGCUCCUCCAGGCCCACCUCCCCUCCUCUUCCCCCCGGGGAUGGAGACUUCAAGCUGGGCUCUCCUGAGAAGCUGGCUGGCCUCGCCUCGCCCUCCAGCGGAUACUCUAGCCAAUCCGAGACGCCCACGUCUUCAUUCCCAUUAGCGUUCUUCCCCGGCCCGCUCUCUCCGACCAGCGGGAAACGGAAACCCAAAGUCCCCGAGAGGAAGUCUUCUCUAUCCUCGCUGCAGCACCAGGCCCAGACCCAGUUCUCUAGCUCGGCCUCUGGAUCCUCCUCUUCCUGUUCCUCUUCCUCUUCCUCGUCAUCCAGGAAGGACUAUGACUUCCCGGCUCCACCCACCCAGCUGGACUUAAGUUCUCUUCACAGCGCCCACAGCAGCCGGCCGUUACCCACUCUGGCCCACCGGACCCACAUGCACACGCUGCACCAGAACAAGCAGAGGGCAGCAGCAGCAGCAGAGGCCCGGGCCACCGCGGGUAACACUGCAGCCGCUAACGCUAAUGCUAGUGCUAAAGCUAGUGCUAACGCUACCGCUAGUGCGAAUGCUAACACUAGUGUUAACGUUAGUGCAGCCCCCUCUGGGUUUAUCUAUGGAUCCACUCUGACCCCAGAGGCCCCACUUGCUGCCAACCCCAUGGCCCUGGCCAUCACCCCCACUGUGCUGCGCUCCGUCCAUCUACGUUCCAUCGGCCACAGGGCCACAGAUGGUUCUCAGCCCCAGGCCCUGGGCCAGGCUCAGGGUGCUCAGGGCCAGGAGCCUCCACCACCACCACCACAAGCAUGGGCCCACGAGGCUUCAGGGGCCCCUGCCACCAGACCCAAGAUGCCCAGUGUAACCAUUGUGACCCCCCACUCUGACACCAACACCAGGCCCCUGCCACCCAGGAGACCCAUCGCCCAGAAACCCCCGCCACCACCGUGCCAGGACCCUCACCACCCUUCUCAGGAGCAACACCACCACUCUGUACCCCAGCCCCAGCACCAUCCCACCCCCAUGCAGCACCCGGACGGCCCCCCGCCCUAUGAGAGCCUGGCCAGGCACCGGCAGGACCGCUACAGCCCCGGAACCUUCUGGGCAAUGACGGCGUUCCGGACACGGCCUGCGGAACCUUUGGAACUUGAGGAACCCAUGCACCGAGCUCCACCGCCAACUCCGGAACCCGUGAUUCCUACUACACAUCCGGAGUGCCACGUGCUAGGGGAGCGGACAGAGGAUGAAGAAGACGAGGAGGAGGAAGAGCACGAUAGAGAGAUAUCAAGGGUUAUGAGUCACAGUCAAGGCCUAAUUAGAGAAUAUCGAGAAUAUCAUCAAAGAGAUCAUCCAAGGGAACCACCGACGUACGAGACGCUAGAGGAGUCCCACUCAUAUCAGUCCCAGUCGCAUUAUCACAGCCAGUCACAGACACACUCCUGUCACAGUCAAAUGGUCCAGAGGUGGGACUUGGGCCCAAGCAGCAGUCCUGACAAAGUGCCCGGUGUAACUGUGGAAGCAUCACACCCUUACUCAAUUAGCCAUGUGAUAGAUCUAAGAGGUAGGGGUGGAGAGGACCGCUAUGAGAUGACAUUAUCAGGGGUUCCUACCAGAAGUGCCUCUCAGGAUAACAGCAGAGAUGACUCCACCACACCGGACACAGAGGACUACUUCAGCAAAGAGUCUACUAGUCCCAGUGAUAACUCCCUCUCUCCUCUGACUGACGAAACAACCAAACCUGAGGAUGAUGUUGUCUUCAUGUCGCCCAGCAAAUCACGUACUACUGAAGACCUGUUCGCCAUGAUCCACAGGUCCAAGAGAAAAGUCCUUGGCCGUAAGGACUCUGGAGAGCUGAGUGGGAAGAGCCGUCUGUGUCCUCCUCCUGCUGCCGUCGUUCCCCCUGCAGCUAUCCUCCCAGCCAUCCCCCCUCCGCCCCCUCUCAUCAUCCCCCCCGCCCCAGCCCUCUCCACCCUGACCGCAGCCGGGACCCAGCGCACACCAGGACCCAUCUACCGCAGCGCCAAGAAGUCCAGCACCUCCAACGAGGAGUUCAAGCUGCUUCUCCUGAAGAAGGGCAGCCGGACUGAUUCCAGCUACCGCAUGUCUGCUACAGAGAUCCUCAAAAGCCCCAUCGCCCCAAAGUCCCCUGGGCACCCCUUGGCUGCGGAGGGCCAGGUCAGGUACCCCACCGAGGAGCCCCCCUCUCCCCUCCAGGAGCCGUCAUUGCAGGCGGCCGAGGAGCAACUCUUCCCCCCCAACCUCUUCCCCAGGCCCAGUUCAGACAGCUUCAGCCCUAAAACACCCCCCACGUCGGCUUCGUCCAGACAGGGGCGCUCCCGGAUCCCCCCUGCAGCCAAUAGUAGUCGCUACAGCACCCGUAGCCGACUCUAUACGGCACCCAUGCAGGUCAUAUCAGAGGGGGAGACUGAGAACUCAGAUGGGAGUCCUCAUGAUGAUCGCUCCUCGUAAAGAACAUGGCAUGCUCAGUGCAGAAACAUGUACCCUAUUCCUUAUUUGGUGCACUACUUUUGACCAGGGCCCAUAUAAGGAAUAGGAUGCCAUUUGGGACGGAGACAUAUGGAUCUGGUUCAGUGCUGUUACUUUAUCUACUGAGUACUGACGGAUACACAACUAAACAAAGAGGGGCUAACCAGAGAGAAGACUACUCGGGACUACCUGCCUGGGGAUUUGAUAUCUAUGUGCAGAACUGAAGAACACAACUUUGUGUUUUGUUCAGUGUAAAGAAAGAAAAAAAAUAUCUUGUUUUGAACUUUGAACUCCCUUUUUAAAUAACCCAAGAUCCUGUAUUGAGUGAUAACGUGGACAAGAGGAGAAAAAUGGAGCGGUAAGACAACCUGUGUGUGUGUUGAAGCAAAUGGAACAUCCAUCGUCAUUUUUUAUCUUCUUGGAUGUUGGAUGACGUGUAUGUCGUGUCCUAACGUGACCCUAAAAUAACUGCUUUCCAAAAGAAUUGCAUUUCUCUCUACACUUACCCAGAGGACAGGUCAUUACCCAGAGGACAGGUCAUUACCCAGAGGACAGGUCAUUACCCAGAGGACAGGUCAUUACCCAGAGGACAGGUCAUUACCCAGAGGACAGGUCAUUAUUACAACCAUAAACACAAUAUUCCCAGUCGACAAAAUUGAAUAAGCUAUAUGUUUUGUAUUGCUACCGCCCCAACACAAAACAAUGGACUGUGAUCACUAUUGACAACCAUGUGUCAAAGCAUUGUUUUACCAAGAGUGAGUUAACAACACACAUAGGUCUACAUGCCAUCCUCACAUAGAUAAACUACAUGUAAAGAAAUAGGAAUGACCUAUGCCCCUAGAAGCGCUCUCAGUGCAGGGAUUCCUGGCAGGGACACAUAAGGUAAAUAUUUGGUCUUGUUGAAGUGAUUUGGUGCAGAUGUCAAGGUGUCAGAAGAGAUGAUGGGACAGUCGUGCUGUGGCCUUUCUGUGCUGGAGGGCCAAGCAUGCAGGGGAUUCACUGACUACUCCAGAGGAGAUAUUUUGGACUAUAAAAACAAUCAAAGAGUGAAAAGCUAUCGAGGGUCUUUACUACUAAUGUUUGGCUAGCUAGCUGGGAGGUUGAAAUGAAUCGGGUUUUCAAAGCUUCUCCUUUGCACUUCGUUAUUAUCAAUUCUUCAAGAAUAUUCCUUGAGAAAAAUAAAACUAAUCUUAUAAUGGAAAAUUCCUAUUGUGUAUAUUUGUAUUGAAUAUAAAGAACAUAGCUAUAUGAAGAGACAUACAAAACUUUUUUUAAUGACACAAACCCAUCAUGUGUAGCAGAGUGGAUUGGUGACGUAGAAAUAGAAUAACUACAUUCUAGAAUGACUAGAUUCUGUUUCUAUGGGGGUGGGUGGGUGGGAUGCAAUCUUACCGUAGUUCCGUAACAUCAGUAGCCAGGGGCACGUCACAAAGCCCAACACAUUAAUCAUUCAACCUUAUUAAGAGAAGCAACAAAUCAUCUGUCCUUGUGAAAAUAUCGGUUGAAUCUUUUUUUUUUUUUAAGAUUUCACUCAAAUAUUACGCUUCUGUCUAGUGUUUUUCAGGGUUUUAAACGAAUUGAACAUAACAAAUGGGUUAUACAUUUUAAGUAAUGACAUUCUGGUGAACAGACAAAUCUUGAAGAGUUGUGUUUCUACAUUGAAAAACAAACUGUAGAUCAAUGAAGUCACUCAAUGUGUUCUAUGAAUACCUCUGCAACCAUAUUACUGUUCGUUUGUACAGAUCUAACAUAGAGAUACAUAGAUAAAAUGACAACUGUUACUCAGCGAAAUUUGAAUUGCAGAACUAACUGAACUGACACUGUGUACGAGGUUACAGGAGGAACAAGCUGUGAACUAAUUAGAAUUUAACAUGAUCUGUCAUGAAUUAAUAUCCGUUGCUGCAGAGCACUGUGGUGUUCGUUGUUUUAUUAGUAGUUUCAUCUAUCGCAUGCAAUAAACAAAAAAACACCAUAUCAUUUUCAAGAGGGGAAAUGUCUGUUAGAGAUACUACCACGAGAAAAGAUAUAGAAUUUUCAGUUUCAUUUUUGAAUAUGUAAAGUUGAGUGUAAUUCAAUAUAUGUACAAAAUGUUUGACAAUUCUGUUUUGUAUAGUUGUGUUCAUGGACAGGGGGGUAUCUUGUACUGUAAAAUGAACAAAAAAUGACUGGACAAUCAAACAGAGAAUUUUGGAAAAUGUAAGAAAGCUAUAAGAGUAUGGGAUGAGUAAGGGAUGAGUGCGUUCUGGAGUUAGUUAUUACGUAGGUUCCAGGUAAAGGAUGAGUACGUUCUGGAGUUAGUUAUUAUGUAGGUUCCAGGUAAGGGAUGAGUACGUUCUGGAGUUAGUUAUUACGUAGGUUCCAGGUAAGGGAUGAGUACGUUCUGGAGUUAGUUAUUACGUAGGUUCCAGGUAAGGGAUGAUGAGUACGUUCUUGAGUUAGUUAUUACGUAGGUUCCAGGUAAGGGAUGAUGAGUACGUUCUGGACUUAGUUAUUACGUAGGUUCCAGGUGAGGGAUGAGUACGUUCUGGAGUUAGUUAUUAGUAAAAAGAUCCAGGGUGAAAUCCUUGUGAGAAUCAGUUGAAUUGAGCUUGAGAUGGGACGGGAGGUAGGAUGGGUAUGUGCAUGCGUGUGCACUUGUGUGUGUAUGUGUGCGUGCGCAUCUGCGUGUGUGUGUAUGUGUUACGUGGACAGUGAGCAGAGCAGGUAGAGGUAGGGUCGUCGUUAGGUAGGGCAACGCACUACAAUUCCUCCCUGUACUCUUAGAUAAAAAGGUGCUAUCUAGAACCUGAAAGGGUUUUUCGGCUGUCCCAAUAGGAGAACCCUUUGAAGAACUCUUUUUGGUUCCAAGUAGAACCCUUUUAGUUCUAGGUAGAACCCUUUUGUCUUCCAUGUAGAACCCUCUGUAGAAACGGUUCUACCUGGAACCAAAACGUGUUCUCCUAUGGAGAGAGCCGAAGAACCCUUUAGGAACCUUUUUUUCUAAGAGUGUAGUGUAUAAUUGUGUUAACAUUCUAUUUCAUCUUAUCGUUUUACAAACUGUUGGACUAUAGAACUACCGCCAUUCAUUUGCCUGGUGUUGAAAUGCCAUACUAUAUAUAUAUCUAAGUGUUUGUUGAACCUUUCUGCGGUCAAAAUGACACAAAAUGGCUGGUUAGACACUGGGGAACAUUGGGGAACAUUGGGGAACCAAGAGACAGGUACCUCUCUAUGCAUUGUGUCUCUCUUUCAAAUGUAGAUUAUGGGGCGACAACUUGACAGGAUCUACAAGAUGACAUUCAUUAAUGACAAUAAUUAUACAGCAUUGUAUAGAAACUAUUUUUAAUCACAGGAUAUUUUAUCCAGAGAGUUAUUUUAUUAUCAUAUUGAAUAACCUAGAAGAGGAAUGAUGGUGAAACUUAGACACUUCAUAUCAGAGUCUAUAAUAAUAUCAUGAUUGAACUGAACUGGCUGAUGCUAAACUUGACGGUGCAUUCUUAGAAUGCAUCCCAAAUGCCACCCUAUUCCCUACCUAGUGCACUACCCCAUAGGGCGCUGGUCAAAAGUAGUGCACUACAUAGGGAAUAAAAGGGGGCCAUUUCUGACUCAGUCUUAGAAUAUAAACGUUAAACUAUAUGGUGUCAAAAUCCACCUUGAGUAGAUAUUUGGGAUCCUCUGAAGUCAUUUUUAAUUGUUCAUAUGGAUUAGUAACAGUAGUUUGACAUAAUCUGUAUGCAGCCAAAAAAAUAUAUAGAUUAUAUUUUGAUGAUUUGUGUUCCCAUUGCAAGUGUCUUUCAAUUUUCAGUAAAGUAGCAAUGUAGCCAUUUCCCCCCAGGCCAGGCCCCACAAACUAAAGACAUUGGUUGGUCUGAGUCCAGGCCCCACAUACUAAAGACAUUGGUUCGUCUGAGUCCAGGCCCCACAAACUAAAGACAUUGGUUCGUCUGAGUCCAGGCCCCACAAACUAAAGACAUUGGUUCGUCUGAGUCCAGGCCCCACAAACUAAAGACAUUGGUUCGUCUGAGUCCAGGCCCCACAAACAAACGUUUUCAAAUAAGAAACUAUUGCCUGCCUUUGCGUGAGACAUAUCCAAUGUGUGUAACAGGGCUGGGAUCGAUUCUAUUUCAAUACCAGUCAAUUCAGAAAGUUAACCAAAUUCUCAAUUCCAAUUCCAAAUUUCUCCUCUUUGAAAAUCAUUGAAGACAAUCGGAAUUGGAAUUUCAGUUUACUUCCUGAAUUGACUGGAUUUGAAAUGGAUUAGAGCCCAACCCUGAAGUGUAAAACCCCAACACAGAAGUGUAAUACCCCAACACAGAAGUGUAAUACCCCAACACAGAAGUGUAAUACCCCAACACAGAAGUGUAAUACCCCAACACAGAAGUGUAAUACCCCAACACAGAAGUGUAAUACCCCAACACAGAAGUGUAAUACCCCAACACAGAAGUGUAAUACCCCAACACAGAAGUGUAAUACCCCAACACAGAAGUGUAAAACCCCAACACAGAAGUGAGAGCCAGAGGUAAUAAUCUUCUCUUGUUUGCAUUGACCUAGACACAUUUUAACCUACGAUUUAAAAAAAAUACUGUUAUACUCUGAGACAUGAUUCCCUGAACUUACCAUUAUUUCAAAGUUUAAAAACAAACAAAAAAAAAAUAUUCUCCUAUUGCACUGGUAUAGUGGAGCUUGUGAAGUUUUUUUCUUUUUUGCUGUAACCUGAAGUUAUAUUGAUGAUGAUAUGUGAUGAUUUGUGUAAAAGACUGUAUUUCCCCUAUUGAUUAAAAUAUAUUAUACAUGGUUCAUUCAUUUAGGAUGCAUGUUCAGGAUAGCACAGGCCAGGCUUCUGUCAAAGGGUUUCAGAGAGUCAGAAGUGUACUGGAAAGAACCAACAAACACAAAAAAAAGAUUUUGAAACUUUAAACAUUAACUUUAAAAGAUGAAAAACAAACUUUAAAAAGAUGAAAAACCAACCAACUAUUUAAAAGGAUGAGCGUUACAGUGUAACUGUCUCGGUCGGUACAAGAUGCUCCUGGCUCACAGCUAGAGCAGAACAGAUUGCAUCACUUUUUGUAUUUUUGUACAAACUAAAUGUAAAUAGUAAACCUUUUUAAAAAUGUUGCAAAGAUCUUUUUCUUUUUGUAAAAUAUUUUCAAAGUUUACAUGAUUAAUGAAUUAAUUCCAAGCCUUUGUAUAUUUUGGAGCAGUGCAACACUAUUUGAGUCUUGUAUUUAUUUUUGGGUAAACGUGAGACCUCCAUUGACUGCUUUAUAUGUUAUUGAUUUGACAGCUCAUCAGACUGCUCAGUGACUGGGCAUAGAAAAGGACAAUAAAUGUGACUGCGUUUAAAAGAAA